CCCUACAAAUCAUCUGUCGUUGAACUGAAAGUGCGAGAGUCGGCCUUUCGGGGCAAUGCCCUCAAUCAUUUCAUGGGUCAAUUCACUGCUUUCCAACGCAUCACGGUAUAUGAUGUACAGCUAGCUAGGAAUCUCAGCGUGGUCAUCGCAGCUAUGGCUCGAGCAAAGAAUACGCUGACCGCAGUCAAGAUCUGCGGGCUGGCAAGCGCCUUCCGCAUUGUGACAUUUCUAGAUGUGCCUCCAGCUGACUAUUUCGCCAACUUUGUUCAGCUUGAAGAGCUUUCGAUCGACAUGGGUGGCCUUCUUAACGUCAACCAUACGGUCGGUCCUUUGCUUCCAGCGCUAUUACCUCGAGGCUUGAAAGCGCUGAAGCUCACAUAUUGCCAUCCUCACGACAGUUUGUUCUGCCACUUACGCGCUUUGUACGACCGUGCUCAAGCAGGCAGCUUCCCAUAUCUCAAAUCCGUCCACGUGGACUUUGAGUAUUCGGCCAGUCCGACUAUCGAUCUUCAAUAUGAUAAGCUACUGGCAAGCCCUACAUAUGCCCUGCUGAAGACCGGCUUCGCUGAGUGCGAUGUGGACUUUGCAACUUUCGACUACCUCGGCCGAUCGCUUACUGGAAACUACACUACGAAGCACUACCCUCAGGUUCUGGACCAGGAUCGCGGUAGUGACUGGUGGUGGCCACUUCCCCAUCCGAGCCGAGUCCGGGCUUCUACGGUUUGGCGUAGGUAAUCAUGGUUACCACAUCAUGUGGAUGCUAGGACCUUUCCUUAAAGAAUGGUACUUGUAUAAACUGCUGGCCUCAAAGGGGAUGACGACCAAAAAAUGGCAUUUGGCAUGUUGGGGUUUCUUUCCUGUCGUUUUCUUCCAUGAGUGGUAUAGGAUCAUGGAUCUCAAAUGCGUUGACUACGUGUAGUUAGCCAUAACAAUACAAUCUUCCAUUGCAC